AACAUGUACAACGAUUACCAGCAACUUUUAGUUAAAAAAGAAGAAAAAAUUCUUGUAAUAAAAUUUAAUAAUCCCAAAAAGAAAAAUUGUGUCAAUCAACAAGCCUAUAAGGAAAUUGGCCGUGUGCUACGCGAGGUGGCCAAAGAUGAUUCCGUAACUGUUGUGGUGUUUACCGGUGUCGGUGAUUUCUAUACAGCUGGGAAUGAUUUGUCGGCAGCUGGGAACAUUAGUGACAUGGAUGCCUACAUAAAGGAGGCAAAUGUAAACUUCAAAAAUAUGGUACACUCCUUCAUUGACUGUCCCAAGAUCAUCGUUUCAUUGGUAAAUGGUCCAUGUAUUGGCAUUGGUACAACAUUGGCUGGUCUGUCGGAUUUGUUGUGGUGUUCGGAAACGGCCUACUUUACAUGUCCAUUCGUAAAAUUGGGUAUUGUGCCGGAAGCUGGUUCUUCAUACCUCUUCCCAUUCCUUGUUGGACGUUCGAAGGCCACAGAAAUGAUUUUGUUUGGUGAAAAACUGACGGCCGAAGAAGCCUAUCAAUAUAAAUUUGCAUCGCGUAUUUAUAAACCAUCUGAAGUUGAUACUGUAAUCUGGCCAAAAUUACGUGAAUAUUCAGAAUUGCCACCCGAAUCUUUGCAAAUCUCUAAACGUUUGAUGCGCACGCAAGAAAAGGAAAAUCUAAUCAAAGCCAUUGAUACUGAAUGUGAUGAGUUAUACAAACGUUUUUAUAGCGAAGAAUUUAUGAAUGCUAUUAUACAAUUUUCUAUGCGUAAAUCAAAAUUGUAA